AUGAUUCAAGAAGAGAUAGAGAAAGAUAGAGAGAUGAGGCAUAGCAAUAAUAAUAAUAAUAGUAGUAUUGAUGAAGAUUCAGAUUUAGAUUUGGUGAAUGAAGACUUUGAUGAUGAUGAUGAUGAUGAUGAUGACGACGAUGAAGACGAUGACGAUGAUAUCAUUACGGAGGACGAAGAUGACGACGAUUUCGAAGUGAAUCAUUCAAACACUGUCUCAUCCUCCAGUGGUGGCGGCAGUGGUAGAGGUGGUAGAGGUGGUCGACCACCUAAAGCAAAGAGAGUACAAUCAUCAUCAAAGAGAAGAUCAUCUUCAAAAUCAAACAACGCGUCAUCAUCUUCACAGAGCAAUAGUAAAUCAAAUACCAAUACCGGAAGAAAGAGACCACAUCUAGAUGAUGAUGAUGCCGAUAUCAGUGAAGAUAUGUCGAAUAUCGAUGACGACGACGAUGACGAUGCCGACAUUGAAGAUACAAACAACAGUAGAUCAAAUACAAGCUUGUCUACCUCUACCAUCUUGGAAGACAAUACCUUUGAUAUAAUGAAUGAAAUUGACUUUAUCAAUCCAACUAGCACCACCACUACCUCCAGUUCGACAAAUCAAGGUAAACCAAGUGGUGGUGGUGGUGGUAGUACAACACCAAACAAGAAGAAACAAAAACAACAAACAACAUCACCAACAAACAACAUUCUAAGUAAUACAAAUAGUCCAAAGUUAAGCUCACCCACCAACAAUAGACGAAGUGCAGCAGCGGCAGCGGCAACAGCAGCAACAGUGGUAGUCGAAGAAGAUAAACCAAAUGCCAUUCAAUAUCAUUGUGAUUAUUGUCAGAAGGAUAUCAGUAACGUAGUUCGUAUUCGUUGUUCGGUCUGUGAGGAUUUCGAUCUAUGUGUGGAGUGCUUCAGUGUCGGUGUGGAGAUCUCACCACACAAGAACGACCAUGACUACCACGUUAUCGACAACAUGCACUUCCCAAUGUUCACCGAGGAUUGGGGUGCUGACGAAGAGUUGCUCCUCCUAGAAGCAGUAGAGAUGUUUGGAAUGGGCAAUUGGAAUGAAGUCUCUGAGAAUGUCGGUCAUAAAUCACCUAUGGAAUGUAAAUCACAUUAUUUCACAUAUUAUUUAAAUACAUCAACAUCUCCAAUGCCUGAUACAAGUAAAGUACUGACAACAAGCGAGAAUGUACACUUUAAAAGAGCCAAAUCAACCAAUUAUAAUCCAAAUGGUAGUACUUACUAUUAUACUUAUAUUGCACAAUCACCUUUAAAACCAACACAUCAAUCAUCUUUAACUUCAUCAUCAUCAUCAUCUUUAUCAUCAACUACAAAAACCAGCACAACAACUACAACAACUACAUCAACCACAUCAACCACAACUACAACAACUACAACAACUACAACCAAUAAUAAACCAUCUUCUGCACCAGACACAACGGAAGGACCAUCGGGACCAGUUACUGAUUCCGUAGGUUUCAUGAAGAAUCGUGGUCAAUUUGAAAGUGAAUUUGAUAAUGAUGCUGAAGUCGUUGUUAAAGAUCUUGUAUUUGAACAAGAUGAUACUCCAUCCGAUAGAGAAAUUAAAUUACAAGUAUUGGAAACUUAUAAUCAAAGAUUGGAUGAACGAAUUAGAAGAAGAAACUUUAUUACAGAGAAAGGUUUAUUAGAGUAUAAACGCAUUGAAAGAAAAAGAUGUAAGAAUGACAAGGAGAUAUAUAAUUCGUUAAAGGUGUUUCUACAGGCAAUGUCAAAGGAGGAUCAUGAAAAAUUGGUCAAUGGUAUCAUCGUAGAGCGUACCGUGAGAGAGAGAAUCGAACAACUGCAACAUUACCGUGCGAAUGGUAUCAGAACACUCGAGGAAGCCAACCAAUACGAUGAAGAGAAACGAAAGCGUGACACCGAGAAGAAUAUGAGAAAGUCGAAAUCGGAGCUGUCCUACCACAAUGAGAAACCCACUGUAUUCAAAUCGAUGAAACAACAGACCAAAGAGAAAGAAGAACUGUUCUUGGGCAUUGGAAAGGGUGCCAACGAGCGGAAAUCUCUCAAGAUCAGAAAGAAUGCAUCGCUUGAAAUGGAAGGUUUGCCAAGUGUAGAUAAUCUGUCGAAUAAGGAGAAGCAACUGUGCGCUCAAAUCAAACUACUACCACAACAGUAUCUCAUUAUCAAGGAGCUACUGAUAGCAGAGUCACUCAAGAACAACGGCAAACUAAAGUUGAGUCAAGCUCUGAAACUUGUCAAACUGGAAUCGUCCAAGUCUGCCAAGAUCUACGAAUUCUUUGAAGUAAACGGUUGGAUCAAGAGAGAUACAAUAUCACCUUCGCAAGGAUCAUCAGCAUCUUCAAGCAUAACAUCUCCCAUUCAAAAUAUAACUACAUCACAACAACAACAAUAA